AUGAAAGACCUCACAUCGGACCAGCGCCGCGCAGUGGUAAACCACCUCCUCUUGCGCGUUGUCCAAAAGCCAUGCAAACUUCAACGCGGUGCCAUAAAAGACGUGGCCCGCAUCUUUGGCCGCAAUCGCCACACGAUCUCCGAGAUUUGGAGGCGUGCAAACGUAUCACUUGGCGGCGACCUACCCAUGCGUGAAAUCGUAUGCGAGGACAUCUUAAGCCAAAAGAAGGGCAGGGUCAGUCGAAAGCAAAACGAAGACUACCUGGUGAUGGCCGUGACUCUGCGGUUCACCGUGCCUCCAACAGUGGUCCAUGAGUACAUUACAUGUGUACAGCUCAACGCAAUCAUUGACAAUGACUUCUCCCAUGGCUUCAGUGUCCUGCAAGAGCGGCGCUCGACCAAGUCAGGAGCAUGGGGCUGCAAACAUGCCGGAUGUUGUUUCAGUCUACGAGCAUCAAGACACGCCGACGAUCAAGUGCUCGUUUCAUCGAUGAACUUGGCCCACAACCACGCCCUUCGCCACCACAAACGUCAAACACCAG